AUGGCACAGAAGAUGAGAUUCACCAGCAGUACGCCUGCCUCGCUGGCAGAAGUAUGCAAGUUGGCAUGGCACACAUUCUACGGCAUGCAGAAGGUAUCAGAGGACUUUGAAAACCUCCGUUUCGAGGUCUGGACCAUUGCAAUCAGCCUGGACUCAUUACACAGCGUCGGCACAACGUCAACGCUCAUUGACCGUCAGCCAGACAGGGCACGCUGGGCGUUGACAUUCACCAAGAUCCUGACCUCUCUGGGGUCGGCAUUACGACCACUUCACAACCUCGUCAGACUGUACCUGUCCAGUUCGACCAAGGAACGCGCUAUCGUGAAGAAUUGGCUCACGCACCCGGAAUGCACGUACGAAGGAGCGACGAUUCAAGACUUUCGACGGAAGCUGUCCAUGUUGGUCGAGAGUUUGAACGUGUUUCUCUCAUGCCUCACACACGCCGAACUCGCCAGAGCCAAAGACGUGUCCGAGACCGAGGAGUGGCGGGUUCUGUCCGAGGUCACCAAGAACGUCCUUCACAAAUGGGACUCGGACGUGGCCACAGGCAUCAGACGGCCGACGGACAGGAUUGCCCGACCCAUCGAACCACCGGGUUAUGUCAGCGAAGAUGUCCGCAGCUACAUCACGCCGCUGCUGAAUAACGGAUCACCAGGGUUGGGAGUGCAGACGAUCCCGGAACCUCCGCCGUCUCCGAUGCCGCCGACACGACCAAGAUUCGACCCAAACACUCAACACCACCAACCCAGCGGCGUGUCGAAUCUGGACGACAUUGAGCACGGGUUCCGAAGCCACAUGCACGCCAUGCGUCGUAUCCGCGAGCAACUCCGCCAGCAGAAGAUGAACAACCAUGGCCUCACAGACCAGAGUUCCAGGCACUUCCCGGAGACACACAGCAACCACGAGCACCGCUUAGGUGGUCUACCUCCGCCGACGCCGACCACGCCAACACUGCAACGCAAGCCCACAGACUCCUCUCAGGCCGAUAACUCCGUAGACUACGCCGACGCCUCGAGCUGCGGUGGUUCAAGUUCUCUCCAAACUUCAGAGACUGGCAGCGUCAUCUCCAGCUACCGCGGCAACGCCGACGAAGAUGUGAAGCCGGUCAUCGUCGGAGUGGUAGUUCCACACCAACAGCGAUCCCCGGAGCGGCAUGAGCGGAAAAGAAGACGACAGGCCCAGUACCGCUUCAAGACCGGCCUGGAAGAUUCUCAGUCCGGCGGGUCGAGUGACGAUUCAGCCUCAGACGAGGUUCCCGGCGUGCAGUCGCGACCGAAAUCUGCGCUGGAACAGUUGCUAACCACGGCACUGUUCUUCGACCAGUAG